AAACUAUAGGUAAUCAUGAGUUAAAUACAUUUCAUCUGCCUUCACUAAUCAAGGUUAUUUUAAUUGCAUGUCCUCCAAGCAGCAGGUAGCCUAACUUAGGACUUGGAGUCAGCUAUGUCUAGUUCCAUCUGAGCUGAUUAAAACUGGUUAGGGGCGCAUUUCGUUAGCCUUGCCUCAGAGAGGAGCCCACUUGCGUCCCCCAGGCGGGCAGGGAGCCCUGGUCUGUCGGGCUGAGGUCUGGCGUUUUCAAGCCUCUUUGCAGUGUUGUGAGUUUGAAGCCCAGAGUUCCCUGCCUAGCAAAACCAGGAACCGAAGCAGAAGAAAAGGAGCCCUGGAUUAAGGCAGGUGACAAACAUUACCACCCUAGCUGUGCACGAUGCAGCAGAUGCAACCAGAUGUUCACAGAAGGAGGGGAAAUGUAUCUUCAAGGUUCUACCGUUUGGCAUCCCAGCUGUAAGCAAUCCACCAAGACCGAGGAAAAACUGCGGCCUACCAGGACUUCUUCCGAAAGCAUUUAUUCUAGACCAGGCUCCAGUAUCCCUGGGUCCCCAGGUCAUACUAUCUAUGCAAAAGUGGACAAUGAAAUCCUGGAUUACAAGGAUUUAGCAGCCAUUACCAAGGUCAAGGCAAUUUAUGACAUUGAAUGUCCAGAUCUUAUUACCUAUGAGCCUUUCUACUCUUCGGGCUAUGAUGACAAACAGGAGAGGCAGAGCCUGGGAGAGUCUCCAAGGACUUUGUCUCCUACUCCAUCAGCAGCAGGGUACCAGGAUGGGCGGGACCGCGUGAUCCACCGGUCCGCCAGCCAGGGCUCCAUCAGCUCCCCUGUGUACAGCCGUCACAGCUACACUCCAACCACGUCUCGCUCUCCCCAGCAUUUUCACAGACCUGAUCAAGGGAUCAACAUGUGCCGAAAACCACCUAUCUACAAACAGCAUGCUGCCUUGGCAGCCCAGGACAAGUCUUCAGAAGACAUCAUCAAAUUUUCCAAGUUCCCAGCAGCCCAGGCUCCAGACCGCAGCGAGAUACCAAAGAUUGAAACGGACCACUGGCCUUGUCCCCCGCCACUUGCCACCAUAGGAGCUGACAUGAGACGCAGAUCUAGCGGCAGAGAGGAAGAUGACAAGGAGCUUCUGAGGCGCCGGCAGCUGCAAGAGGAGCAAUCAAUGAAGCUCGACUCGGGCCUGGGCCAGAUGAUACUGAAAGAAGAGAUGGAGAAGGAGAGGGAGAGCCUGGAGAGGUCCUCCCUGGCCGCCGGGUGCUAUGAUUCUUGCGUCAACUCAGCUUCACAUGCUCUAUCAUCAAAAACCUCAUCUCUCCCAGGCUAUGGGAAAAAUGGGCUUCACCGGCCCGUUUCUACAGAUGCUCAGUACGACAGCUAUGGGGAUGUCAGCUGGGGAGUGCGAGACUACCAGACCCUCCCAGAUGGCCACAUGCCUGGAAUGAGGAUGGACCGGGGUGUCUCCACGCCUAACAUGUUGGAACCAAAGAUAUUUCCACAUGAAAUGCUGAUGCUGACCAACAGAGGGCGCAGCAAAAUCCUGAGAGAUGUGGACAGAACCAGGCUAGAGCGCCACUUAGCCCCAGAAGUGUUUCGGGAAAUCUUUGGAAUGUCCAUCCAGGAUUUUGACAAGUUACCUCUUUGGAGACGUAACGACAUGAAGAAAAAAGCAAAACUCUUCUGAGUACCACACAUAGACAGCAGUUAGAAAAAGGACUGACCAUGGCGGCGACACAUAGGACGUGGUAUUAAGGUCCAAACUUGAUUGGAGAAUUUGCAAACUACUGUCCCUUAGCAACAACCAAAAGGGAAAAUCUGAUUAAAACACCCAUGAGCCAAAUGUUGGGCCAGCCCAUGGCAACGUUCGCCCAGAAGCAGCGGGGUAGAAAUGUCUGUGUUCCCCCCUCGACAGCAGUGUUCACGUGUGACCUUUUUCCAUCACCUGUGUGCACAGCAGGAGCUACUUUUGUUUUCUUUCAACUGUUAUUCAAUAGUAGUGUGACUGUAUGGGUAAGAGCCAGCAAGUGCCCUUAGGAUCCCGCAUGGACAAAAGCAGUUGUAAUAAUUCCAAAGUACGAGUAUAUUUAUUAUGUAGCGCCGUGGCUGAGAAGGAAGAGCCCGAGGGACAGAUCCAUGUGGCAGCAGCCUUUGCCCUCCAUUUCCUCACUGGCCUCCUGCAGCCCUGCCUGGGCUUCAGCACGAGGGAAAGCAGAAUCGCGGCCCCCGGCAGCUCUGUUUCAAUAGCCACCAAAGUCAUUUUUAACAUGCUCCUUGUCCCCUACUGUUUGCUCGGACCUGAUUGGCAAAUUACUUAGCCUAUUAUUAAAAAGAAAAAAAAAUAAGAGAAAGAGAGGAAAAGGGAGUGAAUGAAAAUUCUCCUUAAACCCUUUCCUACUUCAGAAAGUGUGCUCUGCCCCACCAAGGACAGGAGAUGUCUCAGCCCCGCAGCCCUCCACUCUUACAAAGAAAGGAAAGGGGGAUUGUCUCCAGAUUGGCCCAGUUGUAUGCUGUUAGGUGAGUUUUGUCCAAAGGCCACCGCAGUCUUGAUCAAAAACAAAAGUUCUGUCUCCUCUCA